CACAGGGGCUGUCCCAGUGCUCUUCUGCAAGACAAACCAAAGCCUGUCAGAACUCGCGCUGUUGUGUCCUUCCACGCCUUAUUUACAUUUAAACAGCCAGAAGUGGCGGGGUCCAGGAGUUGAACAAGCAGUCAGCUACAGCUAGGCUCUUCAAAUCAGCCUAAUUUCACUAUGUUUGUCUCUUUCAUCCUGUUAUGGAUCUGUAUUUUCUUCUUCAUUCUCUGUCUCAAAUGUCAGAGACCCAAGAACUUUCCUCCGGGACCUCCUCCAUUACCGAUACUGGGGAACCUGUUAAAUCUCAGCCUAGACAACCCCAUGAGGGACUUUGAAAGGCUGAGAAAGUGCUAUGGAAACGUCUACAGUCUUUUCAUUGGACCCAAAGCAGCUGUAGUCAUCAAUGGGGUGCAGGUAAUGAAGGAGGCCAUGAUUACAAAGGCUGCUGAUUUUGCUGGAAGACCUCAAGACAUCUUUGUCAGUGACCUCACCCGCAAAGGUAUUGUUCUAGCAGACUACGGUGCUACUUGGAAGGAACAUCGUCGCUUCGCUCUUAUGACCUUUAGGAAUUUUGGUCUUGGAAAACAGUCCAUGGAGCAAAGGAUUCUGGGGGAAAUACAGUACACAAUGGAAACACUGGAAAAAAGUAUUGUCACAGGUACAACCUUCAGUCCUCAAGUUAUGUUUCAUAAUGCGGCGUCCAACAUCAUCUGCCAGGUUCUGUUUGGUAAACGUUAUGAGUAUGAUGACAACUUCAUCAAAGUCGUUGUUCAAUGCUUUAAGGAAAACUCCAAGAUAGCUAAUGGACCCUGGGCUAUGCUGUAUGACUCUGUUCCCAUGAUUCGAAACCUGCCGCUGCCCUUCACAAAGGCAUUUAAGAACAUAGAGACUUGUAAGAAACUUGUAACUCGUCUGAUCACUGAGCACAAAGAGACCAGAGUCCCUGGGCAACAACGAGACUUCCUUGACUGCUAUCUGGACGAACUGGAUAAGAGAGGCGAUGAUGGCUUCUCAUUUUGUGAAGAUCGACUCAUCAUGUUUGUUCUGGAUCUUCACUUUGCUGGAACUGACACCACAUCCAACACCCUUCUCACUGGCUUCCUUUACCUUAUGACCUACCCAUCGAUACAAGAGCGAUGUCAGCAGGAGAUAGACCAGGUGUUGGAAAAGAGGGAUCAUGCCAGUUAUGAUGACAGACACAACAUGCCUUACAUGCAGGCUGUGAUCCAUGAAGUCCAAAGGAUAGCCAACACUGUCCCUCUAAGUGUCUACCACUGUACAACAAAUGACACAAAGCUAAUGGGAUAUUCCUUACCCAGGGGGACAUUAAUCAUUCAAAACCUGAACUCUGUGCUCAGUGAGGAGGGGCAGUGGAAAUUCCCUCAUGAAUUCAACCCUGAAAACUUUCUGAAUGACCAGGGAGAGUUUGUUAAACCAGAGGCCUUCAUGCCUUUCUCUGCAGGUCCUCGUAUGUGUCUCGGAGAGAAUCUGGCUCGCAUGGAGCUCUUCCUCAUCAUGGUGACUCUGCUGAGGAAGUUCAAGUUCAUCUGGCCUGAGGAUGCCGGACAGCCCGACUACACUCCUGUGUACGGGAUCACUCUGUCACCUAAACCGUACUGCAUGAAGGUCCAGCUCAGGGCCAAACAGCAGAAAGUGCCAAUAUGACACAUAUAAUACAAUUUACAUUAUAUUAAACACACUGCACAGUCUAUUAAACACUUUUUAUAUAUGAUCAUUUUAUAUUUACAUGGAAACUAUUUAGGCAGUGUGUGUGUGUGUGUGUGUGUGUGUGUGUGUGUGUGUGUUCAAGGACAACAUCUAGUUAAUAGCUCCCCCAAGUGGACAGAAUUGAUAUUGCAUGUAAUAAAGUUUUAUUUCGGGACAUAAA